GUACUUGACAAAUACUAUACAACUUACUACUACAUGGUCCAUAUCUUAAAUCAUUCAUCUCACUCUCAUUCUCCCAUUCCAUCCACAUUUCGACUUGACUCACUGACUCACGUUAAUUCCUUACCAAGCAACAAAAAGAAACCAACCCUCUCGUAAUCUUCUCUCACACAUUUCUUCUACUAUCAUAUAACACAACUCCUCCAUCUCGCCAUACAAUCCAACAUGUCUGUUCACGCUAUUUUUCUCUCCAUGCUAUGUAUUUUAUUAGGUCUCGCAAAACCAUCGAGUUCUGCAACUGAUACAUUCGUUUUCGGCGGUUGUUCUCAGAUAAAAUACGCUCCGGGAUCCCCGUACGAGUACAAUGUUAAUUCGAUACUUAGUUCUCUAGUGAACUCGGCUUCCUCGACGAGCUACAACAACUUCAAAAUCUCCCUCCCCGGGUCCACUAAAGCCGAUAUCGUUUACGGACUUUAUCAAUGCAGAGGCGAUCUCAGCAACUCGGACUGCCGAGACUGCGUCGCGCAUGCGGUUAGUCGACUCGGCGUCGUGUGUCCCGGGUCAUCAGGUGGUGCGUUACAGUUUGAUGGUUGUUUUAUUAAGUAUGACAACAUGACAUUUUUUGGUGUUCAAGACAAGGGUGUGGUGAUGAAGAAAUGUGGGCCGUCGAUCGGGUUUGAUUCGGAUGGGAUGACUAGCCGGGAUUCUUUGCUGGGGUAUUUGACGGCUGGGGGUCAGUAUUUUAGGGUGGGUGGUUCGGGGAAUGUUCAGGGGGUGGCUCAGUGUGUGCAGGAUUUGAGCAUGAGCCAGUGUCAAGAUUGUCUAGCGGAGGCUACUCUGCAGCUCAAGAACCAGUGCGGCUCUGCUGCCUGGGGAGAUAUGUUCUUGGGGAAGUGCUAUGCGCGGUACUCCAGCCGCGGUGAUCACUCUAGGGAUCACGAUUCUCAUGAUGAUAAUGACAACGACGACGAAAUGCAAAAGACACUAGCAAUCCUCAUCGGACUCAUAGCUGGCGUUGCACUGGUCAUUGUUUUCUUAUCUUGUUUGGCCAAGCUUUGUGACAGAAAAGGUGGUGGUGGUGGUAAAUAAAGUUGCAUUCUUUUUAUUAAAAGAAAAAUAUUCUCCAUGCUCUGGUAAUUGGCUCUCUGUUUCCUCUGUGGCUUUUAAAAAGGUUUCUUUCAUAUUUCCUCCAAAGAAGACCCUCACUCCCUUAAAGCUGAGAUACAAGAGGACAGAUACAUUGAAGCAAGAGAAAGGAAAUAGUAGAAAUAACAGCUGAAAGCUUAGGAGAUAGCUCUCCCCACACAUACUUUUCCUGCCCUUUUUUAUCCUGCAAACAAGUUGUAAAUGAAUAAUAAUGCCAUCAAUAUCCUUGCUUUAUCAAAGUGCAUCCUUAAUCAGACAGUACUCAUCAGGAAUUCCAUUGUUUAA